AGACCUUCAGAUAAAGGAGCUCUCGAAAUACAAUCCAUAAGGAAUAAAGCCAUAGCCAGUGCUUCCCUGGGUUUGGGGAGUCAGAGUUUACAGGAAGGAUUCAUGGAAUCCACAGAAGGCUAGAAGAUCAGGGUUGAGAUAGUUGGAACCAAGGAAGCUCUGGAAGCUUAAGAAGUAGGACGCACAGCAAGUCUCAUGGCAAGAAGAGCUUGAUAUGAGUACUAUUGGCUAGAAAAGUUUAGUAACUUUCCUGAAGUUUCACAGAAGAUAAGUAUAGAGUGGGAACUCAAAACUAUUUCUGUCUGAUUCCAAAGCCCUUUUAAUAUUUUGUAUUGCUUAAGUAGCAAAAUAGAGUUUGUAGGAACAUACAAUAUCAAUAAAUGUUUCAUGUCCUUCAUCAUUAACUACUCCAGUUAGUAUCAACCGGGAACUUACUUGGAAUGUACAUUCUCUGCCCGCUCAACAGACCUACGGAAUCAGAAACUCUGGAGGUCGGGCCCAGAAAUCUGUCUUUUGGCAUAUUUUCCAGGCAUGGAUAGCAAACAUGCCUCUGAGUAAAACAAAGAGAAUCCAGUCUUUGACCAAUUGACCAAAGAAGACCCAGCAGCUGGGAAGUUUGUCAAGUCUCAUAAGAAUGAGGGAGAAAGGCUACACUGAAAUGAACAUUGUAAGAAAACUCAAUUUAAUGAUACCUUGGAGUAUAUUCUUGCUUCAUGUACUGCUGUUUUCAUUACAAGAAUAUAUUUGUGCGUCAUCUAUAUUGAUGGGAACAUCAAAAAACGGGUUUAAUGAAAAUCGACAGAAAAGAGCUCUUUUAGCAGCACAGUUUGAAGCUACUUCUGCGAGAUACUUUUUCCAUGAUGCUAUUAAUUGGGGUGAGAGCAAAAUAAAAGGUUCUUGUCCUUAUGAAUGCCUUAAUGGAGCUUUCUGUUCUAAGACUGGAACAUGUGACUGUCAAAUAUUUCAGGCUCUUGGGACACGAUGCCAGAUCAUCCCAAACAUGGGCAACGGCAGAGAUGGGAUUUGUAAAACCUGGGGACAGUAUCAUUUUGAAACAUUUGAUGGCAUCUACUAUUACUUCCCAGGAAACUGUUCUUAUAUUUUUGCAAAGGACUGUGGUGAUUUGGAGCCUCGGUACACUGUAUGGGUUCAUAACAGCCCUAAAUGCCUUGGUUCGGUGUAUUCUUGUUAUCGGUCAAUCAGCUUGUUCUUUUCAAAUCAAGAGGAAAUUCGAAUUUAUGGUCAUGAAAUAAAAAAGAAUGGAAUCAGUUUAACAUUGCCUCAGACAAUUGGACAGAUUUUCAUUGAGAAACUAGCUGACUACAUUCUUGUGAAAACAACCUUUGGCUUUUCAUUGGCUUGGGACGGGAUAUCUGGGAUCUACCUCAAGCUGUCUGAGGACCAUAAGGGGAAAUCAUGUGGCCUAUGUGGAAACUACAAUGACAUUCAAUCUGAUGAUUUCAUAAUUCUGCAAGAGGACUAUACAGAAGACAUCGCUAUGUUUGCAAAUAGCUGGUCGGUGCAAACUCCAGAUGACACCAAAUGUGUACUCACACCCUCAGAUUUUCCAAAUCCGUGCUCCAGUGGAAUGCCAGCAUUUGAGGCAAUCUUCUUCAAGUGUCAGAUACUGUUGCAGUUUCCUUUUCUGAGCUGCCAUGAGUAUAUUGAUCCAUAUUUAUAUAUUGCCAGCUGUGUUAAUGAUCUUUGCAAAACUGAUGAUGAUGAAACCUAUUGUCGAGCAGCCACUGAGUAUGCUAGAGCCUGUUCUCAUGCUGGCUACCCUAUUCAAGACUGGAGAGAUGAUUUUCCAGCAUGCACUGAUAAAUGUGAUGAUAGCUUUGUCCAUCGGGACUGUAUCAGUUGUUGUCCACCAACCUGCACAUUUGAGAAGCAAUGUCUUAGGAGCAAUCUCCAUUGUCUUGAUGGAUGUUACUGCCCAGAUGGCCUUGUAAUGGACAAUGGGACUUGCAUCUCCUUGGAAAAUUGCCCGUGCAGUUUUCAUGGAUUAGCUUAUUCAGUUGGUUCAAAAAUUGAACAAGAAUGUACUGAAUGUGUGUGUGUUGGUGGAGUUUGGAACUGCACUGAGCAUGACUGUCCAGUUCAAUGCUCAGUUGUAGGUGAUUCUCACUUUACAACUUUUGAUGGUCAACAUUAUUCUUUUAUUGGCAUGUGCCAAUACAUCCUCGUGAAAGGAACUGGAAAAGAUAAAUUCACGAUUACUUUACAGAAAGCUCCCUGUGAGCAGAAUCUUGGCUUGGUCUGCCUUCAGUCUAUAACUCUGAUUCUGGAGGAUGAUUUUAACAAACAAGUGACCCUUGGUAGGGGAGGACAAAUUCUCACUAGUCCUAACCAAGGCUUCAACCUGAAUGGUAUUGUUGAAAUUCAAACUCUGUCAUCCUUAUUUAUACUUCUAAGAACCACAUUUGGUUUAAAGAUUCUGUUUGCUAUAGAUGGGGAAAGAAUUUAUAUUCAGCUCACUAGUGCAUGGAAAAGAAGAACAUUAGGUCUGUGUGGCACUUUUAAUGGCAACAUAAGGGAUGAUUUUCUUUCUCCAUCAGGUAUGAUAGAAGGUACACCACAACUUCAUGCAAAUGCGUGGAGAGUUUCUUCUACCUGUUUUGCACCUGUUCAUGUCCCAAUGGUGGACCCCUGUAACAUCAAUCAACAAAACAUUGGGUAUGCAGCACACUGUGAUGUCAUCCACCAGGAGCUCUUUGCUCCUUGCCACAUCUAUAUUAGCCCUGGGCUGUACUAUCAGCUAUGCCGCCAUGAUGCAUGCAAGUGUGGAAGCUCCUGCCUGUGCAAUGCUCUUGCCCACUAUGCCUACCUCUGUAGCCAGCACGGUGUUCCCAUUGCUUUCAGAGCUCAGAUUUCUUUAUGUGCUGUGGUAUGCCAGAAGGGCAUGCUGUACCAUCACUGUUCCUCGUUCUGCCUCCGUUCCUGCAUUUCUCUCUCUUCCCCGAAGCAGUGCAGUGAUGACUGUGCUGAAGGCUGUAAUUGUCCGGAAGGCAAAUUCUAUGAAGACACUCUUAACUUUUGUGUACCCAUAUUCCACUGCCGGUGUCAUUAUAGGGGCAGUGUUUAUCAACCUGGAGAGCUCAUCCCCACACCCUCGGGCUUAUGCCAGUGUUCAAAUGGGACUGUGAAAUGUGAUGAAUUAGCAACGCCCUCUGCUGUUCACAUCUGCCCAGAGGGAAAAGAGUAUUUCGACUGCAGGUUUCCUGACCCUGAAUUACCAGCUGGUGGUGUUAAUUGUGAGACUACAUGUGCAAACCUAGCCAUGAACUUCACCUGCGCCCCAUCCUCACCCUGUAUAAGUGGCUGUGUUUGUGCUCCAGGAAUGGCAGAGCACAAAGGAAAGUGUUAUGUUCCUGAAAGCUGCCCAUGUAUUUGGAAAGAUUGGGAGUAUCUCUCAGGAGAAGUUAUUGCUACACCGUGUUACACCUGCGUUUGUCGACGAGGAAUGUUCAAUUGCACAUAUUAUCCAUGCCCAGCAGUGUGCACAAUAUACGGGGACCGACAUUAUUAUUCUUUUGAUGGACUAGAAUAUGACUAUAUCAGUGAUUGCCAGGUGUUUUUGAUAAAGAGUGCAGAUGAUUCAGAUAUAUCUGUCAUUGCCCAGAAUAAGAAAUGCUUUGACAACGAUAUUGUUUGUUCUAAAAGUGUUUUGAUUUCAGUUGGGGACACUGAAAUUUACCUGAAUGAUACUCCUUACAAACAGAAACAGUCAGGUUUUUUUCUGGAAAACAAAUCUACCUACCAGCUUUGGAAGGCUGGCUACUAUAUAGUAGUAUACUUUCCAGAGAAAGAUAUCACUAUUCUUUGGGAUAGGAAGACAACUAUUCAUAUCAAAGUUGGACCACAGUGGAAGAACAAGCUAUCAGGAUUGUGUGGAAACUUUGACAAAUGCACUUCAAAUGAUAUGACCACAUCUAAUAACUUGGAAGUGAGAAAUGCUCAGGUAUUUGGAGGUAGUUGGGCAUUAGGACAGUGUGAAAGUCCAGAUGAAACAAUUAAACCCUGCGAGGCACAUCAAAACAAAUUUCCUUAUGCCAAGAAAGAAUGCUCCAUUUUGUACAGUGAUAUUUUUGCUUCUUGUCGCAAUGUGAUUGAUGUUACUUCUUUUGCCAAAAAUUGCCAUGAAGAUACAUGUCACUGUAAUCUUGGUGGCGACUGUGAGUGUUUGUGCACUAGUAUAGCUGCAUAUGCAUACAAGUGUUGUCAGGAAGGAAUAUCAAUUCAUUGGAGAUCAUCUACUGUUUGUUCCGUUGAUUGUGAAUACUACAAUGAAGGACUUGGAGAAGGACCAUAUAUGCUGGCAAGCUAUGGGCAGAGUGGCCUUGUUCUGGGGGCCAAUAUGACCAGCAGAAGCGUUUUCUGUUUGCCAAGAAGCAGUGUUCAUACCAAUUUAUUUUUUUAUUUUAUGAUCACUCCAGGCCUUUUCAAAGAGAAGGUAUCAUCAUUGGCACUUGUUUCCCUGGAAUCUGCUGAAAGGCCAAACUACUUUCUCUAUGUCCAUGACAAUGAUACUCUUAGCUUGGAGCUGUGGGAGGCGAAUUCAGCCUUUCAUCUGAGAGCAACAUUUUUCCACCAUCAGGGCCUCUGGAUUCCUGGUUACAGUGCAUUUGAGUUAUACAGCAAGAAAGGCUUUUUCAUCAUAUUCACAGAUUCUAGUGUCAAAGCAUCAAAAUAUGAUGAUUCUGAAGAAUUUAAACAUUCAAGUAGCUUCAGCAUAGAAGAAAUCCAGGCAGCAGUGCCUUACAGGAGGAUGUGUGAAUGGAGAUAUGAACCUUGUGCUACACCCUGUUUUAAAACCUGUAGUGACCCUGAAGCACUAGCAUGUGCAUUUCUUCCACCGGUUGAAGGAUGCUUGCCCUACUGCCCUAAAAAUAUGAUCCUUGAUGAGGUCACCCUCAAGUGUGUUUAUCCAGGAGACUGUAUACCUGUGAUUCCCACAGAACCAACAUUAAUGCCACCAGCUAAGCCAACUGUGCCCAUGUUUACAGUUUUGGAAAUGAUUACUCCAUCAGGCAUCACUGUGUUUGAUAUGGUAACACCAACUACAGGCUUGGAAUGUGAGCCUCAGAAAUUUGAUCCAGUUUAUGAUUGUAGCCAAUACAUAUGCCUUAAUAUGGAAUGGCAGUUAUACAACUGGUCCCUUAAUUGCCCAAAGGACGUGGAAAUGCCUGACUGUGGUUUCCGAGGAAGGCCAGUUCAAGUGAACAGUGAUAUUUGCUGCCCUGAGUGGGAAUGUCCUUGUCGGUGUUCCAUGUUGUCAGAACUGAGCAUUAUUACAUUUGAUGGAAACAAUGCAGCAUUAUAUAGCAUGGCUUCUUAUAUCUUAGUAAGAAUUCCUGGUGAAAUUAUAGUUGCUCAUAUCGAAAAAUGUUCCAUGAAUCAGAAUGGAAACUCCUUAAAAAAGCUAGCUCCCUCUGGAAGAAUCUCUGGACUUUGUUUUAAGAAGUUAAAUGUGACAACAUCCAUACAUAAAAUAAUUGUCAAUCGGUUAGCAAGAAAGGUAGAAGUGGAUUCCAUUGUUGUGCCUUUGCCCUUUUCAAGUCAGGAACUGUCCAUAGAGGAUUCUGGUUCAAUGUAUGUAAUUACUACUCCAGCUGGACUAAUCAUAAAGUGGUCUCAUCUUACAGGAAUCAUAGACAUUCAUUUUGGCUUCCGAUUUAACUUGUCAUCCUACACAGAAGGACUUUGUGGAAUUUGCAAUGAAGAUCCAGAUGAUGAUCUAAGGAUGCAAAAUGGCACAAUUAUUACAAAUAUGGAAGACAUAGGAUUAUUUAUUGAGAGCUGGGAAAUUGAGAAAUCAUUUGAAGUAACAAUGAGAAGACCUGUUAGGAAUUGUACUGAGCAUGAUUGCAGCCAGUGCAUUGAUUUAUUAAAUAGAAGAAUUUUCAUUCCAUGUCAUGAUAAAGUUUCACCGGAAGACUUUUGUGAAAAGAUGUGGAUCAAUUAUACCUAUUUUUGGAACUAUGAAUGUGAUGCACUUUCUGCAUAUGUGGCUCUGUGCAACAAAUUUGAUAUCUGUAUUCAGUGGAGAACACCUGAUUACUGCUCCCUGAGUUGCCCAGAGGGGAAGGAAUAUCAACCCUGUGUGCGACCUUGUGAAGCCAGAACAUGCCUGAACCAAUGGUUCUAUGGACACUCUUCCUGUCUGAACUUAAGAGAAGACUGUGUGUGCAAAGAUGGAACUAUUCUUCACAGGCCACAUUCAACCCAGUGCAUUCCAGAGAAAGAGUGUGCAUGCACUGAUAGUGAAGACCAACCCCGCACUGCUGGGGAGAUUUGGAAUGGGGGCAUUGAUGAAUGCGCUCUAUACAAAUGUUUGGAGAAUGGAAGCGUUAUUCCUAUAGAACCUGACUGUGAUGAAGAGCCCACGCCAGUUUGUGAACGAGAAGCUGAAGUUGUCAUGGGCAUCAUUGAUAAAUGGACCUGCUGUUCAAAGGAAGUUUGUGGAUGUGACACGACUUUGUGUGAAACUACCAUCCCAACAUGUACAAAUGGUCAAAAAUUGAUUGUUGGCCACAGUCCUCUUUCUUGCUGUCCACAGUACAAAUGUGAAUGUGACCCAUUGAAAUGCCCCAGUAUUUCAACACCAGAAUGCAGAGAAGACCAAUUCAUGAUUCAAGUUCAACAGGAAGAACCUUGUUGUUUUUCCCCUUUUUGUGUUUGUGAAUCUUGCACCAAACCUGUUCCACUAUGUCAUGAUGGGGAAUUUCUCACAGUAGAUCUUAAUAGCACACACUUCUGUUGUCCUCAGUAUUACUGUGUAUGUGAGCCAAACCUUUGUCCUAUGCCAUUACUCAACUGUGCAGAAGAUAUGAAUCUUGUGAAAGAAAAUGUAUUUGGUCAAUGUUGCCCAACAUGGCACUGUGAAUGUAACUGUGAAAACCUUGUUAUGCCAACUUGUGAAGUGGGAGAAUUUACUGCAAUAGACCAUAACUUCCAGAGUGAUUGUGGAUGCAUACAGUAUCUCUGUGAAAAGGAUGAUGUGUGUGUAUUUCAAGAAGUAUCAGUAUUGAAUCCUGGACAAUCCAUGAUAAAGUAUUUGGAAGAAGACUUUUGUUAUACUAUAGAGUGUCUGGAAGAAAAAGAUAACCAUACAGGCUUUCACACUCUGAAUUUUACACUGGUGAAUUGUUCAAAGAAAUGUGAUGUUCACCAGGUAUAUACUCCAUCCCCAAGUGAUUAUGAUUGUUGUGGUACCUGCAAAAAUGUAUCCUGCAAAUUUCAUAUGGAAAAUGGAACAUCAGUUGUAUACGUGGUAGGGAGUACCUGGCACUACAAUUGCACCACAUAUGAAUGUGUUAAAACUGAUGAAGGAGCAAUAAUUCUGAACUACACUAUGGUCUGUCCCCCUUUUAAUGAGACUGAAUGCAAAAUGAAUGAAGGGAUUGUGAAGCUUUAUAAUGAAGGCUGUUGCAAGAUCUGCAAACGAGAAGAAAGAAUAUGCCAGAAAGUGAUCAUUAAAUCGGUCAUAAGGAAACAGGACUGUAUGAGCCAAAGCCUUAUAAAUGUUGCAUCUUGUGACGGCAAAUGCCCAUCAGCUACCAUAUAUAACAUCAAUAUUGAAAGUCACCUAAGAUUCUGCAAGUGUUGUCGUGAAAAUGGAGUACGAAACUUGUCUGUGCCUCUGUAUUGCUCAGGAAAUGGCACUGAAAUUAUGUACACUCUCCAGGAACCCAUAGACUGUACAUGCCAGUGGAAUUAAACUCUUAGGUUCCAAGAGCUCUAUACAACAUCAUAACGUCAGAUAGAAUUAACUUUUAUUACUAUUACUUAGGCAUGUGGCAGAUUUAUGCUGUUUAACAAUACUGUAUUUUUCAGACUUGGAAUGUGGAAAUUUAGCAAUUGGUACAAAAUAUAUACAGUUUCAAUAGCAAAAUUAAAGGUAUUGCUUUACUCUAUUUUAGAAAAUCAAAUGACUAAGUUGUUCAGCUGAAAUGCUGUUAUGUAUUUAAUUGCAACUUGGUGCAGAUACAGUAUAUUCUCAUCAAUUGGAAGGUUAUUUUGCAAAAUUCCUUUGAUUUCACUCAAUAGCUCUUUUUUUCUUAAUUUGCGAAGUCUGCUAUAGCUAUCCAAAUUAAGAUACCCUUUAAUAUGUACUCCUUAAUCUGGUAAAUGUGAUCAGUUAAAAUUGUCAUCUAGAUGGCAAUAAAGAGUGAUAUGCUUAGAGAUAGAUAAUAGAUUAUUUAAAACCUUAAUGGUUAUUAGAGAAGUCAUUAUAAAUUCCCCUCAUUUUGCAGGUGUAACAGAUAACCAGAGAAGCUGUGUGACUCGUACAAAUUUAUUCAGUGUAAUAAUAUAGUAAAUUCAUGUUAACAGUUGGAUUAAAUUCUAGCUCUCUCUUAUUCCAGUACUAUAUCACUUUUAAAAUCCUGAGCAGUAUGUAGUAAGAGGAUAUCACAGAAUCUUUCAUUCUUAAAGAGUUUGCAUUGGAUAGAAUUAAGUAUUUUAAGUUUAACAUGUUUGAAAAAUGUCCCCCAUACACUGUUAUUCCAAUAGUAAGGAGCAGGGAAAUAUAGCAUCAUUUGCUAAAUAGAGGAGAUAGAUCUUGAACUGUUAUUUUUUAUAUAAUUAAAACUGCUAUUAAAUGUGUUGUCAGUAUUUAACAUUUAGUUACUGUCUCAUUAAUAUUUAAUUUUGAGGAUGUACUUGCAUACUAUUGAAGUUGAGUGCUGUUUUGCUGUUAAUGCUGCUGCUUUGCCAAUGAAGAAUGAAAUAAAUUUAUCUGAAUGUAUCAAUAACUUUAAAAUGGAAUGCUGCACUUUUAAAAUAUGGUAUAUUAUUGACAUUUGCAAGAAGAAUGUAUUGAGGUCUUUGGAAAUAUCCAAAUUCUUUGCCACCUAUAAUUAAAAAUUGUCUGAAUUUUCUCCUCAGUAUAAAGGAGUGAAUGCCCUACUUAGUGUAAUUGUAUCAAGUGAAGUCAAACAUCAACAAAAGAACAGUAAAGUCUCAUUGCAAAGCAGAUACUGGGCCUCAAGGGUGGGCUUAGGCUUAAACUAGAUUACCUGCUUUCACAUACUAAUGUUUUCAUUUCAAAAUCAUGUGUCCCCAAAAUAUUGCAACUUACUGAAUAUUUUAGAUCUCUUGGGUUACUUAAAUAUGUGUGAAAAAAUUAACAUUGCAUCUGCAAAUCCCAGUGUUUACUGUAUAUGCAAUUGAUUUAUCCUGUUUGUGCUUAAUAUAAGUGUUCCUGAGAGGUUAACAUUUCAAUAUUCUCUGAUUCCUAUUAACAUAUAUAUAUAUAUAUAAAAUUAAGUGUUUUUGCUUAAAAUAUAUUAAUAGUUCGCUUAAGAGAAAAUGUUAUGUAUCUCAAAUAGAAGUAACUAAUGUAUAUUGUCUAUUGCCCAUUUUUAUUUCCAUUUUCUGUAAAAUAUUCGUUAUUAAAAAUAUUAAAUAAUCUUUAAACCUAUUUGUAGAGAAAUGGGAAACACUCUCCCAGAACUUUAUAACAUUCAACAAAUGCAACAAAUAAGCAUUUAGGGCCUACAUGUGCCAGGCACUAUUAUAAACUCUUGGGACACAGGCAAAACUAAACAGACACAGUCCUAACCCCCUUGAUACUUAGAGUCUAGUAAGAGAGCAGGCCUUAAAUAGCCAUACAUAUGAUAUGAGAAUGUCCAGAAAGAGAUCCCAAAACUUAUUAGAAUGUGGCAUGUGAUAAAGAUGACUCUGAAAUCAGUGGAAGAGUGCAAAUUGGUCCUCAAUAAAUGGUGUUGGGACAACUGAAUGGUUACAUAGAUAAAGAAAAAUUUGAAUUCAUACAUCCAUUGACAUUAGGAUAACCUUCAAAUGAAUCAGAGAUUUAAAUGUCCAAAAACAAAAGAAGAUAGGAGUUACAAAAGAAAAUAGGGAAGAAAUCUUAGAUUGAGGAGAGCCAUUCUAAUUGUGACUCAGUAUCCAGAUACCCCAAAUAAAUGAUUCAUAGAUUUAACAGUUAGAAAACUGAAAACAGAUAAAUUCUGCUUGGCAGAAAAAAGUCAAAAAAAGAUAAAACCAAAGAAACAAUAUUUGUGAUAUAUCAGUGACACAGUCUAAUCCUCCUGUAUGUAAAGAACUCUUGAAAAAAAUAACAAAAGGAAAAAAUUAACAACCUGAUAGAAAAAUGAGCCAAAGAUAUAAACUGACAGUUGAAAGAAAAAUAAGUAAGACUAGUGGAUCCUUUAACAAAAAAGAUAACUGAGCACACUUCUAGUUAAUAAAAAAUAUUUUACAUUCAAUCUACAGAAAUUCAAUUUCUCACCUACCAGACUGGUAAAAAACCAGCAGUUUAAUGAUACUUUUAUUUUUUAAGGCUCUGGGAAGAUAAACACUCUCACAUGUCAUUGAUGGUAACACAAAAUUGUAGAAAUCCUAGGGAAAACCUAGCAAUGUAUACUAAUAUUAGAAGUGCUUUUUGGUUUGACCAAACUGCCUAGAAUAUAUAAGCUGUACAAACGCCUGUACAAAUACAAAGUGGUAUUUGCGAAGGUUAUUAAUUGCAGGAUUGUUUGUAAUAGAAAAGAACCAACAAUAGUUGAAUAAAGUAUGUUAAUCCA